AUGGCUGAGAGGUUGUUAAUAAGAGUCAUGAAGGGUGGUAACCACGCUAAGAUUGUUACUUUGAAUGGGAAGAAGAUAACGAAGAUGCCCACAUCGCUAGAAAACCUGACUGGCUUAAGGAGCCUAGACUUUCAAAAUAACCAAAUUUUUAAAGUGUGUCCACAGCUGAGCACCUUGACCCAGUUGAUAUUCCUGAAUCUGGGAAACAAUUUUUUAGAAGAAGUCCCAGAAGAGAUAAAAUACAUUACCUCCCUGAAGAAGCUUCAUUUGUUUGGAAAUAGGAUUUCUAAGUUUCCACCUGGAGUGUGCGAUGGCCUACAAAAUUUGAUCCUGCUUAAUCUCAACAACAAUAAGCUUACUUGGCUUCCUGAAGAAGUCGGCAGGUUAAGAAGUCUAACGUAUCUAAGUCUAAAUUGUAACCAGCUAACCAGCAUUCCUAGACAACUUUGUUUCCUUAAGAAUCUUUCUGAACUUUAUCUUAACUAUAACCAGCUCAGUCGCAUACCUGAAGAUAUUAAGUACUUAAAGAAGCUCCAGCGGCUAAGUCUGGCCAGGAACAACAUUGAAUUUUUGCCAGAGGAAUUUUGUGAUCUUAAAAAACUAAGAAUCCUAGAUGUAGCUGGAAACAUUAUUCAGAUAUUUCCAUCAGGCUUUCAGGAUCUGAAGCUGCAAGAGUUCUACUGCGAAGAAAACCCACUGUUCCGGAAGGAGCCAAUCAUUGCUGACCAACAGGAGGACCUGUGGAAUCUCCUGGAAAUAACAGCAAGAUUUAUCAUGAAUCAGCUAGAAGAAAAAAAUUCUUUCAUUAUGCAUGCCAUAGAAGAGUAUCCAGAUAUCAAAAACAAAAUCUCUAAGGGGAAAAGAUGUGUAAUAUGUGGAAAAUUCUUUUUAACAACAUGGCUGGAAUGUGUUCAGUUUGUUAGUCCAUCAGAGACGUGGAAGAUCAGCAAAAAUCUGAAGCUGAUACCUCUUCGAGUAUUACUCUGUUCUCAGAAAUGUUUUAGUGAGCGUGGCCCUAACAUCUUCGGAAUUGCUUAAACAGAAUUUCAUUGGACUGAACUGUCUGCUGUUCCCAGUCAACACAUGCCUACUACUGAUAUUUUCACGAAUCCAUUAAACAAAUGAAGACAAAUCAUUCCAUGUCAAAGAUC